AUGACUGCUCAUCCUUCCGAAGGAGAACGAUACUACUUGAGAUUACUCUUAUCAAAGGUUAGAUGUCCAAUUUCAUUUGAUGACCUAAGAACCUUUAAUGGAGUUCAAGUAGAAACGUUCCAACAAGCAGCAUUAAUUCGAGGCUUGUUACAAAAUGAUAACAGCCAAGAAAUUUGUUUACAAGAAGCCUCACUUUUUCAUAUGCCCUAUGAAAUGAGGAGACUCUUUGCAACACUUUUGGUUUAUUCUUGCCCUAAUGACCCAAAGGCAUUGUGGCAAAAUUUUGAAUCUUCUAUGUCAGAAGAUUUUGCCAAAUGUUCAGCAAUGACAUCUACACAAGUGAAAAGAAAUGUUUUGCAACAAAUUGAUGAAUUUUUGCAAUCGAUGGGAAAAAGUAUACAUUCGUAUAAUUUGAUUCCCAUUGGAUUCUCUUAUGAAAAUAUAGACAAUGAAACUCGAGAAUUAAGAGCAGAAAGAAACAUUGUCAUUUCAGAUAUUGACUUAAAUUCAAUUGAGCUACUAAAUGAAAAACAGAAAAAAGCAUUCGUAGUCAUAUCUGAGAGAAUUUACUCAGAUAGACCUGGUGUUUUUUUCAUUGACGGUCCAGGUGGUACUGGAAAAACAUUUCUCUAUAGAGCUUUGUUAGCUGAUGUUAGAUCUAAAGGCUAUCUUGCUCUUGCUACAGCUACAUCAGGAAUUGCAGCUUCCAUUUUACCAGGUGGAAGGACUGCACAUUCCAGAUUUAAAAUUCCAAUAGAUAUCUUUGAUGGUGCAACAUGUCGGGUCAGUAAACAAACUUCUUUAGCUGCAAUGAUCAAAGAAGCAAAACUCAUAAUCUGGGAUGAAGCACCAAUGGCUAAAAAGGCAGCAAUUGAAGCUUUAGAUGAUCUCUUAAGAGAUUUAAUGAAUUCAGAAGAAAUAUUUGGGGGAAAGGUAGUUGUACUUGGUGGAGAUUUUAGACAAACAUUGCCAGUUGUUAGAAAAGGAACAAAAGCUGAAAUGAUAAAUGCAUGUUUGAUAAAUUCUCCAUUAUGGCACAAAUUAGAGAAAUUGCAAUUAAUAGAGAACAUGAGAGCAAAAUUAGAUCCUUCAUUCACGCAGUUUCUUUUAAGAAUUGGAGGUGGGACACAAGAAACAAAUGAAAAUGACAUAGUAAAACUUCCAUCUUCAAUUAUAGUUAACUAUAAUAAUGAGACUGAUGCAAUUGAAAAGCUAAUCAAUAUUGCGUAUCCUGAAUUUAAAGAUCCUUCAAACAAACUGUAUUGCUCACAAAAUAGAGCAAUUCUAACUACAAAGAAUAACUUUGUAGAUGAAAUAAAUGAUCAAUUGAUCAAAAAAAUUCCAGGAGAUUUGACUGAGUACCUAAGCUAUGAUGAAACACUGAAUGAAAAUCAUCAAUCUGAAUAUAUUGAUCUUUUGAAUACUCUUACGCCAAGCAAUUUACCUCCACAUAGGUUACUCUUAAAAUCCAAUGCCCCAAUAAUUCUUUUAAGAAAUCUUGAUCCUGCUGAAGGAUUAUGCAAUGGAACUAGACUGAUAAUAAAGAGUUUGAGCAAGAAUGUUAUUUGUGCUAAAAUUGCAGUUGGUGAUUUUUGUGGCAAAGAAGUUUUUAUACAUAGAAUUUCCUUGCAGCCACCAAGUGAUGAACAAUAUCCAGUUCCAUAUAAGAGAACACAAUUUCCAAUUCGUUUGUGCUUUGCAAUGACAAUAAAUAAAGCACAAGGCCAAACUUUAGAUUUUGUUGGUAUUUAUUUGAAAGAACCUGUGUUUUCACAUGGCCAAUUAUAUGUUGCACUUUCAAGAGCCAAAACAGCUUCGGCUGUAAAAGUACUUAUUAGGCCAGCUUAUUUUGAUGAAUCAUGCACUGAUCAUACUAAAAAUAUACCCAUCAUGCCUAGACAUAUAUCUUCCGUACUAAACAUUCAGAAAGGAGCAGAAAAGUGGACUGUUCUGGCACAAGUUGUUCACAGAGGCCACAGUCAAUUAACUCGUGAAGUUCCACCUAGGCGAAUUAUGCGUUUUCUGCUCACAGAUACUGAGGGAACAAAAGUUUCUGUUGUGACUUAUGAACAACACAUCAAGACCUUCAGCAAAUUUCUGCAGCCUUAUCAACGAUAUUAUGUUUCUAAUGCAAUUGUGGUUCCUGCUGACCCAACAUACAGAGUUGGGACUUAUGAAUGCUCCUGGAUUUUGAACUACAAGACUUUGAUUGAAAAUUAUGCUGAACCUGUGCCACCUAUGUUGCCUUGCAUAUUUGAGCUGACAAACUUCUCUGAUCUGCACAAAUAUGCUGAUUCAGAUAACCUUUGCAAUAUUAGAGGCUUUGUCAUUCACGCAUUCCCAAUAAAGCAGCUAGAUCCAGAUUCUAUUUCUAGAGACAUUAUAAUAGUGAAUGAAGAGUAA